UUGCAUUGUUAAAUCAAAGGCCAUAUUGCUACGCACACUAUAUAACACUCCACUCCCCCAAACCCUUUGAGCCCAUUUUCCUCUUGCUCACUAAAUUGUUGGUUAGCUAUAGCGAGUGUCGGCAGAUCGGCCUUUCACACUGGUGCCGACACCGGCAGACCUUUUCUUGAUCUUUACCGACAUAAUGCAGCUCCCUGGAUAUGGGAUUUUGCUGCUGGUGGUCCAUUUUGGAUCACUAGCGGCCAUUGUUUCAGCUCAAACCUCGCAGUGGCUUCCCGCCACGGCCACCUGGUACGGCAGCCCCGAGGGUGACGGCAGCGACGGCGGCGCAUGUGGGUACGGCUCCUUAGUCGACGUCAAGCCACUGAGAGCGAGAGUGGGCGCGGUCAGCCCGGUGCUGUUCAAGAAUGGCGAGGGUUGCGGAGCUUGUUACAAAGUCAAGUGCUUGGAUAAGUCCAUCUGCUCCAGACGGGCCGUCACUAUAAUAGUCACCGACGAGUGCCCCGGUGGGUAUUGCUCAGGUGGGCGGACCCACUUCGACCUCAGUGGCGCAGCCUUUGGCCGAAUGGCUAUUGCCGGGGAGCAUGGCCUUCUCAGAAACCAAGGCGAACUCUCCGUUCUUUAUCGACGGACACCAUGCAAAUAUCCAGGGAAGCAGGUGGCCUUCCAUGUGAAUGAAGGUUCGACCAACUUCUGGCUCUCACUUCUGGUAGAGUUUGAGGAUGGAGAUGGAGACGUCGGAUCAAUGCACAUAAGAGAAGCAAGUUCUAGUGAGUGGCUAGCGAUGAGGCAUGUCUGGGGAGCAAGUUGGUGCAUUGAGGGAGAAGGAUCUCUGAGAGGGCCAUUCUCAGUGAAGAUAACCACACUUUCAACAGCAAAAAGCCUCAUCGCCCGGGAUGUAAUUCCCAGCAAUUGGUCACCCAAAGCCACUUACACCUCUCGCCUCAAUUUCUAGUUCUGCCAUGCCUAAAAGGGCAAAAGGAUCCCCACGACGCCAAAGGAGAAGUUGUCGGGUCCUCUUUGUUUGUUAUAAUUUCUAGUGUGUUUUUGUUUUUCUUUGAAGAAAAGUAGCCGUUGGAUUGAAGUAUAUUAAUUAGCCUCCAACGCCGGCUCUUUCUUUGAAUUGUAGCGUGGUUGAAUUGUUGAUUGUAUCGUAUUGUAUUGUAUGGCCCUCUCCAAAACCGGAGAGAGAGCGCAUGCUACCGAAUGCAAUGUGUAUGUGUUUUUUUCUAUUCUAGUUCGACCGUUGCGAGUUGCAUGUAUUCUAAUU